AUGGCCCGUCGUUCGGCGGCCAUGCAGCUCCAUCGAACAAGGGGAUCAAGUCCCAAGGAGCAGCCACAGCAUGCCCAACGGGGCAGUGUGGCAGGGAGCCGAGAAUCGGCGCUGCAAUGCCGAAGGAGCCGUGUGGAAAGGAGCAGCGCCUUGGAAGGCGCAACCGUCCCCGUCCGACCGCUGGCGACGGUGGAAUCGGGCGGAUUCUGGAGGAUGAAAAGCUGGCGCAAACGGCCAAACGAAGGCCGUUGGCUCUGCAAAACAACGCGUGGAUUGGAGGCUACGGCGCGGAGGAAAAAGAGGGGAAUGGAGCAGCUUCGAAGCCGGGAGCCGGGCUCCAUCCGAGCCCGGUGCACCAACGCGGAGCUGCGCGACCAUUCGAAGAUGGUCUGCGCCAAUGGAGAUUUCACAGGCGAGGUGUGGGCCGACUCCAACGAGGCCCACACCGGCGGAGCAGCGUCGCGGCCGGCGCGAUGA